AUGGCACAAGGAUUGCCAGUUUUUCCAGCAUUUGGUGUAAGUGAACCUGGUGUUGACACAAGAUGGAGGAAAUGGACAGGUCGAUUCGAAAACUUAAUGAUUGGCAUGGACAUUAAAGACAAAAAACGUCAGAGAGCCUUAUUUCUACACUAUGCAGGGGAAGAGGUAAAUGACAUCUUCGACGUACUGAAGAAUACAGGGGAUGACUACGAAACAGCAAAGAUAAAGCUAACAGAGUACUUUGCCCCCAAGAAAAACACAGAAUUUGAGAUAUAUAAAUUUAGACAGGCAAAACAGGAAUCUAAUGAAAACAUUGAUAGUUUUCACAAACGUUUAAGACACUUAAGUAUAAACUGUGAAUUUUCGGAAACAGACAAAGAAAUUAAGUCACAAAUCAUUCAGGGCUGCACCUCAACUCGACUGCGUCGCAAAGCACUACGCGAUGACCUGACAUUAGACAGUCUCAUCAAAGAAGCAAGGACACUAGAACUAUCAGAUCAACAAGCAUCUGAAAUUGAAGGUCAAGCAAAAUAUGACGUCGUUAAUGCUAUGAAAUCACGACAAAGACAAAAUCAAAAGGCGCAAAAAGAAAGACGCAGACACAUCAUUAAGGAAUCAAUAUGCAGAUACUGUGGCUAUGAAUAUCCACACAAAUCAGGAAAAUGCCCAGCAAGUGGAAAAACAUUGAAAGUGAUAGUGACAAAGACAGAGAGGAUGAUGCAAAACAAAAUAUAUGGACUUACUGUAAAUUCCAUGCAAUUGCAGAGACCAAAUUUAAAAGUCUAUAUCAAUGGCUGCAAAAUCAAAGCACUUGUAGACACCGGAUCAUCAAUAAAUGUGAUAGAUGAAAGAACUUACUCAAAACUACAUAAUAAAGUUCGUCUGAAGAAAGCUCAUACCAAGGUAUAUGCAUAUGGCUCUAGUAAAGUGACAUUAUUAGGCAAAUUUCAGGCACAAAUCGAAUCUAAAAGCAAAAUAACAUCAGCUCCAGUAUAUGUGACGAAAGGCAAUAGUGGAAAUCUUCUAUCAUAUCAAACAUCCGUUGACCUUGACAUCAUUCCAGUAAUAAACGCAGUCACACAUAGCAAUGUGGAUGAACUCUGCAAGAAGUACCAAUCAGUGUUUACAGGCAUGGGGGAAAUGAAGGGAACUAAAGUCAAACUAUACAUAGAUAGCAAUGUUCAACCUGUUACUAAGCCACACAGACGCAUACCAUUUCAUUUAAGAAAACAAGUAGAGAAAGAGCUCCAGAGGCUUGAAGACUUGGAUAUAAUUGAGAAAGUCGAGGGUCCCACAGAUUGGGUAUCACCAAUUGUUGUUACACCAAAGCCGAAAAGUAACAAUAACCAAAUAAGGAUCUGUGUCGACAUGAGGCUGCCUAAUCAAGCCAUAAAGCGCACAAGACAUGUAAUUCUGACGAUAGAUGAUAUGAUUGUGGACUUAAGUGGUGCCAGGGUCUUCUCCAAACUAGAUCUAAACCAUGGAUAUCAUCAGUUGGAACUAUCAGAAGAAUCCCGUAACAUUACGACAUUCACCACACAUGUUGGAUUAAGGAGAUACAAACGCCUUAGUUUCGGCAUUAAUAGUGCAGCUGAAAUAUUUCAAAAUGCUUUAUGCACGGCACUAGAAGGUUCUCGACGGUGUAAGGAACAUCUCGGACGACAUAAUAAUAUGGGCAAAGGAUCAAGCAGAGCAUGA